GCCGUCAUGGCGCACCUCCCCAAGUCAAGGUCUAGGUUCAAGUCAAGGGCCUCAGCAUCUGCGACCUCUGCUGCCGACACAAACAAGACGCCCGCGCCGCUCCCGUCCGCUGAGCCUAUCCCCGCCGCUCCUCACCAAAAUCAAUUUGUCCAUCCCGCCCAUGCAAUCCCGCCACCAAGCUAUCCCACUGCGGAAACCCUCAUUGUUGUUUGCUGUCACGCCAUCUUUCUACCCAACGCGGAUGCUCCCGACCUGCCACUGCGCAGCCCGUAUCAAGAAGCCAAUUGGCUCCUCGCCCCUUUCCAAAAGUCAGACGCCGCCGCCGGUAAGCCAGGCGAACACGAAACGUUUGUAUCCCACAUCAAAGCAGGCAUCGAUGCCUUGGCCAUGGGAGUAGACGCCGCCCAUGCCCCCUCCAGCAUACUCGUCUUCAGCGGUGGCGCGACGAAGCGUGCACAGUCGCUCAAAACCGAGGCGCGAUCCUACUAUCAUGCAGCAUUGGCAGCUGAGCUGGCUGAAGGGCACAUGGGCGGCGGUCGUGCUUACAGGUUCUAUAACAGCCGUCAUAUACUGCUAGAAGAGCAGGCUACUGACUCGUUUCAAAACCUGCUGUUCAGUAUCCUACUAUUCAGAAAAGCCACAGGUAAAUACCCCAAGAACAUUCGUGUCAUCACCCAUGCCUUCAAAGCAAAGCGCUUCCUCGACCUGCAUGCGCCAGCAAUCCGAUGGCCACAACACCGCAUCCAGGUCCAAGGCAUCGACCCAGUAAUGACAAAAGAUGCCCUGAAGAGCACGCUCGAGGGAGAAGAAAAGUCUGGCUACGCAGCGUGGGAAGAGGACCCUAUGGGGACCGGCCAUCUUCUCGGUGGUAAGAGGCAAUUGCGUGGAUGGGACCACAGCACGGGAGCCAUGCACUUUAAGGAUCUGGAAGACAGUGUCAAAGACUUGUUUCGCGGAUCAGUCUCCAAUGAGCUACCUUGGAUUGAGUAG